CUGUUGGUAUAUACGUAUGGGGCCAGUGACACAAACAUUCUCUCGCUAUGUGAAUGAGUAGCUAGGAAUUACAUCACUAUAGUCUGAUUACGAUACCAAUUGUCAUUACUUAUCAAGGGAUAUAUUAAAUUAUUAGAUGAAUUUCUGUGUAUUCUUAUUCAUCUGGAUAUAUAAUCAGGAAAAAUGAGAGUUUGUAGUGUAAUAUCUUGUUGGAUUGUAAAAUAUAUUGACUCUUUAAUUACUUGAUUGUUAUGGAAGAAAUCGAAGUUUUCUCUACAAAGUUAUCUAGUACAGGAGAAAAUGUUAAACUUUUCUUAGACGACGAUUAUUUAGAAAUUCCAGAAGAGGAUAUCGAGGAUCUUGAUGAAGAAAUGGGAUAUGAAAGUUACUACACAAUAGAAGACUCCGGACAGGAAGUACAGAGAAUCAGUGUCAUCAACAAUUUACCAGAUUUACUGAAAGACACGGACAGUCAUGAUGAAUGCAUGCGCCGUGUUGUCCCAAAAGUUAGGGAGGUACUCCAUGUUGCACAAUGUGAGAUGCAGUAUGCAGCAUCAGCUGCAUUCCUACAGAUCUUACAGAAAAACUUGGUGCCGAUACAAAACUAUACACAGACAUUUCUACAGACAAUACUCAACAGUGUGGAUGGCAAAGAUCCAGAAGUAUCAAGUGCCUGGUUAGAUACUCUCCUGGACGUUAUAGAAUUACUGCCUAAAGAUGUGAUAAAGAAAGAGAUUUUACACGUGGCAAUAGCAAAGGGCCAACUUUCACAGUCAGUAGCAGCAAGAAUGGCCUGUUGUAAAAUAUUAGGAAAAAUUUGUACCAAAUUUGAAUCUUUUGUGAUCAAAAAAGAAAUUCUGCCAGUUGUGCAGUCCUUGUGUCAAGAUGUGGACUAUGAGGUCAGAGGGUGUAUGUGUAACCAGUUGCAUUCUGUAGCUAGAGGGUUAGGGCUUGAAGCCACAAAGAGUGCAAUAUUGCCAGAAUUAGUUGAGCUGACUAAAGAUGAAGAAUGUUCUGUUAGAGUUCAUGGCCUUGAAACAGUGGUUAAUGUUCUCGCUUCACUGGAUUCUGAAACUUGUUCAUCAACAAUCAUUCCAUUAGUAUGUAAGUUCUGUCAACAAGCCAUGCAGGCUGAAGAUUCCACGCUACCAGAAGUUGGUAAACAGAUCGGGAAAAUCGCUCAUGGACUUCUGGCAUAUUUAUCAGACGAACAGAAACAGUGGUUUGUUGAUUAUUUUAAGAAGUUGUGUAAAGUUGGUUUGUCACUAGAAAAACUAAGAGGAAACAACAGAGACAUUGUUGAAAGGGACAUAAGUCCAACAAUAACGGAAAUUCCAGAUUUUACAGAGGAUGACAAGUUUUUGGAAUGUAGGAAAAACUGUGCAUAUAAUUUUCCUGCAAUGGUAUUAUUUAUUGGUGCAAAGCAUUUUAAAUCAGAGUUAUUAGGAUGUUUUUCUAGUCUUUGUAAAGAUCCUAAUGUUCAAGUUCGGAAAACUGUAUCGGGUGGCUUUCAUGAGGUGUCCAGAGUUUUGGGGCAACAUGUAGCUGUUUUACAACCAGACUUGAUACUUCUACUGAAGGAUGAAUCUGUAGAUGUAUUGAGAGGGGUGAUAGCAAAUAUUCCGUGUAUAUUAGAUUGUUUAUCAGGGACUGGUAGUAAUCAUUCAUUGUCAGAAUCAAAGCUCCAUGUACUAAAUGAUGUGAUACUUGCUGUACUAAACUCAGAACCUGUGGUAUUUACCUCUAAUAACUGGAGGUUACAGGAACAUUUAAUGGAUAAUUUAUCCUGUCUAAUCAAGUGUUGUUCUAGUGAUGUACUAUACCAAAAAGUCAUUCCAGUCGUAUAUCCUAAAAUUAAGUCUGCUAGGGCUUUGCCUGUAAAACAUGCAGCUUGCAGAUCUGCCUUAAAAAUUAUUAGAAAAAUUAAAAAAUUAACCCAAAGAGAAGAACUCAUCCAUUGUUUUGUAGAAGAUUUCUGCCAUGGACGGAGUUGUCAUCAUAGGAGUUUAUUUGUUGACGUUUGUAAAAAUGUGAUAGAACUAUAUUCAAAGACAUUUUUUAAGGAAUAUUUUUAUGAAUAUGUGUUAGAACUACAAUCAGAUAAAGUGCCAAACGUUCGGUUAAAGUUGUGUUCAUUACUACCACAGUUAAAAAAGAUUAUCAAAUUACCUACAGACAGAAAUUUACUACAGCAGUUAGAAACAUGUGUACGGAGAUUAUUAUUAAGUGAAAAAGAUAGGGAUGUAUUAGCAGCUAUUAAAAUUGCUGUUGAUGAACUAGAUAAAAUACAUGUACAGAUGGAGCCUUUAACAAAAAGGUCCUUUUUUGAACAUGAUCUUGUGGACCAAGCAAAAGAAGAAGAGGAAAAAUUGUUAAUAACUAAUGAAGAGAAGGAAAUAAAGAAAGAGGAAGAGGCAGCAGAAAAACAAAAAUCAAAGGGAGAUAAAAAGGGUAAUGCAUCUGCAAAGAAAUCUGAAAAUGGAGGAAGCAAAAUACCAGCUCCUAAGAAGGGAAUAAAAGCAACCAGCACAACAUCAAGUUCCAGUGGUUCAUCAACUCAAGUUUCUUCAAAAGAUACUUCAAAAACCCAUUUAUCAAAAUCAAAAUCCAGUAAUUCCUUGUCACAAAUACCCAGAUUAGGAGUUAAAACAACUAUGAACUUUACAAAAGAGGUUAAUACAAUAAAGAAGACUGUGGGCUCUCCUAAACUAUCAAGGCUACCAAGAUAUAGUUCUACUCCAGACCUCAAUAAUGGGUUGAUGGGGAAAACAUCACCGCUUAUACCCAAAAAGAUGUAUAAUAAAAACAAAGUGAAUGAAGACAAUGGUCUUAAAAAACUCAGGAGAUAUUCUAACAUUGAGAUAGACAAUAAGAAAAUAGAGAAUAGUAAACCAGUAAACCGGUCUAAACUACCUCAUUUCUCAUGGAAUAAGUAUGCCAGUGAUGGGAGACAGUCCCCACAUCCUCAGAGGGCCUUUCUCUCCAGCGAUGGAAGAUCGUCACCACAUCCAGGCAUGAUGAAGGCCCAUGACCACAGUGCCUCAGGGAGUAAAUUAAGCAGUAGUUCAAAGACCAAACCUCCCAGCAGUGCUGGAACUACUAGAAGGGCUUCAGAAGGAGGUAAUACAGUAACCCAGAGAAGAGGGUCUAUGAGUAGUGCUAGUAGUACUGGCAGUACAGAAUCAGCAACAGUCAAGUCAAAAGGAAGUAAUGGUCUCCUAACAGUUCCUAGUACUAAAGUAACUAGAAAGAAAUCAAAGUAACCAUGGAUGCAAAAGAUUGAGUUUAUCGCUUGAAAAUUGAGGUUUUGAGUUUUCAUGACACUGUUUCUGUGCAAUAUUUCUACAAGGCAAUAACUAUGCAUUAUAAUAUGCUGCUGAACAUCUUUUGUAACUGCCUUUUUAAACUUUAACCUUUUGUUGUAAAUUGUACUUUUUCAUGUUGUGCAACAAGGGAAAUCUAAAGCAAUAUAAGGACCUUGUAAGAUUUCUAACGAGUAUAAUUUAUGUUGCAUACCAUAGAUAGAUUUACUCUUAGUUCUAUAAUGUGUUCUCAACUCUUUUACACAGAUUGUCAUGUGUUACUCACAAACCAAGUUUGUAGAUUUAUUAUUGUCAUGGGUCGAACACAAGGUCAAAAAAAGAAAUGAAUCAUUUGUUCUUUUAUGAUUCAAUUUUUGAAAAUACAUUGUAUAUGUGAUUUUAUUGAAAAGGAUUGAGUAUUGUUAUUUACUUUUGCAAUUGAAGUAUCAACUAUGGGAAUUUCUCGUUACAUUGAAGACCUGUUGGUGACCUUCUGCUGUUGUUUUUUUUAUUUGGUCGGGUUGUUGUCUCUUUGACACAUUCCCCAUUUCCAUUCUCAAUUUUAAUUAAUCUGUAUAAGCACUAAGGAUUGUUUUAGAACAAACCAGCUAAAGGCAGAAUUUUUUGAACCAUAUUGCAGCUAUUUUUUCUCAUGUAUGGCUGAAACAGAAAUAUUUGAUACAUAAAAUAAACUGUGCUUAAAUACACUCAGGUUAUUAUUCGCAAUCAUGAUUUAUCAGUUUGGCAUUACCAAAAUUUUUGAUUUGUUUUAGGGUUGGAAAGGGAGGAGAGAAUAUGCACAGGAAAACAUUGAAAUAGAUAUAUAUAUUAACGCUUGAAUUUUUACAAUUUUAAUAAAUUAUUACAAUUGACAGCCAUUUAGUACAAAAUCAUGUCAAAAUAUAUGCUUGCAAACUCAUCGCACAAAAAUAUCUCUUUUAAUGAUUUAAUUUGAAAUCUAAUUUGUGAUCAUUCUAAUUAUUGAACACUGAAAAAAGCAAUGCACAUAAACAGGAUAAGAUAUGAAAGUGCUAUUUGAAAUUUUCCCCAAAGAAAAGUGCUUAAGUGAAGUGAAGAGUAUAAGAUAUAUAAUGAACAAUUUUAGUUAUUUAUUUUCACAAUAAUAUAUACAUCACAAAAUAUUUGCUUUUUAAUCGGUUAUGUUGUCUUUGUUUGAAAUUGGGUAACCAUUGCUGUGUUAUAGUUUUCAAUUGUUAAUUUAUCUUAAGCAGAGUUCUUGAAAUGUUUUUUUAAACUGGUGUUCCUUGAAGAUAAACUGCCACUACUAUACAAAAUACCAAAAUUGUGUUGGUGGUCAAAUUCCUCUGACCGCCACUUUUAGAGAACUCUGCUUAAAUAUUUAAAUAAAUCCAAAGAAAUAGUAUUGUGUGCCUUUAAAAGUUCAAGGUCCGAUUGUUAAUUUCAUUGCACUAAUCACUGUUUCUUAAGUAGAAAAAAGAAAGGAUGCACUUGAAGUAGGAUUAUUUUAUUUUUAUUUGCAAAUUGGGGAGGCAUAUUUAACAAAUUUAUUAAUGUAUCACUCGUAUAAAAAUUUCAAUUUUUGGGAGAAGAGAUGAAUAUAAAGCACAUUUCAAUAUCAAUUUAUUUUCUCCUUUGUGGAUUUCACAGGGAUUUUUUUUCUAUUUGGCAGCAUAUGAGCUUACAAUGGUCCAUAUAAAAAAACGGAUCAUUUGAACUACAUUAUAAACUUUAUUUUUCAUUUAUAUCAUUGCUUUUUGUAUUGAUAAAAAAGAUUGAAAAUUUUCAGUAUCUACAGCAUACAACAGAGAUUAGCUGUCAUUUAUGACUGGAUAUAUCUUAUUUAUAUCCUGUUGAACACAAAAAAAGCUGUGAAGUUUUUACAUUGUUUUGAAUUUGUUGAGAGAUGAUAUUAUGACAUUUUGUUUCAUUUGGGUUUUUGCAUAUGGGGGAUUUAGGUAUAUAGUACAAAAUGUAGUGCACAAUUUUAUUUUUUUCUGUAGUUUCUGGGGUAGAGUUUUGUAGAUUAUUUUUAUUUUCUUAUCACAGAAUCUACAUUCCAAAAGUUGGAGAAGAAUGGCACACAUUUUCAUUUUGUAUAUUUAUGAAAAUCAAGAAGUCAUUUUCACAAAUAUUUAUGUAAAAUAAUAUAUUGAUCAGAUAUUUUUUUAAUAUGCACACUUUAAUCAAAUUCAUUAAAUAAAUGUUUAUAUAAACCAAAUAUUUAUAAUGUCAAAUGCUUUAUAAUUAUGAGUUUGAUUUAAAACAAAGACCGCUCUGCUUGGACAAUUUUUGUUAAAUUUGCAGAACUUUCAAAACAAUUCAUUUUUCUUCCUAAAUCAUUAAAACACAACCAUACAAGUAUACUAUGUUUGUGUUAUAUACUGCCAUUGAAAGUACCGUACCCUUCAUGUCAUAAUUUGUAUAGAUGUCUUGAAAACUAGCAUUACUUUUAAUUUUUGUAUCAUGAAUGUUUGUAUAUGCAAUAAUGUUAGUAUGUCAGAUGAAAGAUAUAAUCCGUCCAUUAAUGUUCAUUUCCAUGACACUUGAAAUCCAUUUUAUCAAUUAAAUUUUAUAUAUUUAAUGUUGUAGUUGUUAAUUACAUGAAAAGGUUGAGCGUAUGGUCAAAGAGAGUUGAGUUAGAGUUUUCCUAUUAUAGUCUUUAAUUUGGAAAACUAUUUUUUUUGGGGUAUUUACUAUUUUGUAAUAGUUAAAACACAAAACUGUCAAACUUUGAUUUUUGCUUUUAUCAAAAGUACUAAAGUCGGUCUGAGAUAUAUUUGGUUGAAAAAUUUGUCCCGUAAUUUUUUGGAAGAAAUAUUUGAGAAGAAAAGUAAUAGGUAAAAAUAACAAAAAAGUUUUAAAUCAUAUUGAAAAAAAAGGAGAUUCUAGGCAACACAGAUUUAGUUCUAAACCCAGAUAUAAAAAGUAAGAGUAUUAAUGAAAUGUUGAAACAGUAGAAGCAGAUAUAAAAUGAUAACUUUUAAAGUUUUGCUUUUGUUAGGGAUGUAUACCUUUGAGUGUAUGAAGUUAAUACAAGCAAGACAAGAGAAUAUUUCCAAUAUUAUACACUUUUGUUGAUAGAAUUCUGUAUAUUGUUCAUGCUUAUGCCACCAAGAAAAUUCAUGUAAUCAUCAUGUAUUGUUAUUAUUAUUUAUCACAAUUCACAUAUUUUUUGCUAUCAUCUUUCCAAGAAAGUGUUCUAUACUUUUGUGCUAUCAUCUCUAUGCAUAAUAACUGUUUUCUGCUGUUUAGUAUUUAGUCUGAGGUUGCUCCAAUGUCUUAACAGCCAUUUAGAGACUAGCUGCAGAUGUGAAACUUCUAAUAGAAAGUUCCAAAAUGGCUGUCAGAUGUCAGGGCAGCCUUGGACUGUGUAGUAUUAGUUUUUCAGUCAUUUAAUGAAACCAGAUUAAUGUUUUGUUUUAACUUUAAAAGUAGUGUUUAUAACGGAGAACUUCAGAUUUUGUGUUGAUGAAUUGUUAAGAUUUUUUAAUGCAAUUUGGAAAAAAAAUAUGACUCCUGCUUAAAUUUGUGAUACUUUUGUUUAAGGAUUCAGUUUUCAAUAUUAAUUGUAAGCAUUGUCAUUUUAAACAUGUCCUCAGUAAACAAGCUUUUGUUGAUAAAUUUUCAAAGAACUGUGUUCAAGUGCAAAUGGUGAUUUAAGCAUUGCAAUUUUUGUUGUGAUUUUGCAUUAAGAAUGACAAAGAAAAAAAGAAAGUCAGUAACAGUACCACCAUGUGAGAUUGGCAGUACAAAAUAAGCUUAUUGUUUUGAGUUAUACCAGUUAUGUAUUAAGCAUUUUGGUAUGUGUGGUCAAUUCUUAAAGUUUGUUUAUCAAAUUAUAAGAUGUUGAAAAUAAAAUUUCUAUAAUUGAAAGCUGAUGCAUCUUUGAUAAUAUUGCCUGAAUCAAGUAAUAUAACUCAAACAAUAUUGAUUACAAAAGCUUUCAAUAGCUUUUGAUUAAAUCAAAAAAGAAUUGACCAAUUUCAGGUAAACUUGUGAGCAACACAUUGGUUUAUUUUUGAAAUAGCAAUUUUUAUCAGGGAAUGAAGAAAGAGAUUUUAAGAAAAUGCUAGAAUGUUGAUAGGUAAUAGUGUCACUUUAAUUCAUACACAUAAUACAUGUUGUUUUUCAUUAGUAACUUAUUAUUUUACAACAGAAAUCAGUAAUGUAUGAACAUAUGGUCACGCAAAUGGCUUUAUGUAAUAAAAACUUUCGACUAUUAUCAGCUUUUGUAGGCAAAAUUAUUCCUGAAAAAAAGUAAAGUCAACAAAAUCAAGCUGUUUCUUCUGAAAAUGUUUAUUUCUAUACCUCACAACUUGAUUUUAAAUUAGAAAAUUUAAAUGACCAGUUGGAAGGAAAAUGCUAAAAAUACAUAAAUGGUUUCUGUUGUAAUGAAGUUACCGAUCAUUUUCAGGAACAUUAUACCGACUAACCUCAGCAUCAACAUAUUAAUUAAAAUACAGAGCUUCAUUCUUUUAAAAUGUUCAUAAAUAUUAUUGAAAUGCAUAUAGUAAUUAGUAAGGGGAAGUAACUAACUUGACAACUUUAUUGUCAUGUUGUAAUGUUAUAUGAGAACUUGUGUAUAAAUAUUGUUAUGAUGUAUAUUUAUAAUGUCAUUGCAAUGAAUAAAAAAUGACAGUGAUUUAA